AUGCUCCGACUCGGCAGAAAAUAUUCCUUCAAGAACUUUUGGAAAGAAGCCGUUCACGUCCUAGAAAUCCAGUUCCCGAGUGACCUGUUCAGCUGGGAGCAAAGCUGGAACAACCCCUGUUGUAAUCGUCUUCAGGCAGACGACGAGGAAAUCUUCGACGUUAUCGCGCUUGCUCACCAGAAUUGUGUCAAGUCUAUCCUCCCAGCGGCUUGUGCCAACAUGUUCUUGAGGCGUCCACGGGAGGAUAUCAAAGCACGCCUCACCGCUCUCAAGCCAUUGAUGCGCACUGACGAACCCCUCACUUUUUUCCUUGCCUGUGAAAAAGUCGCCAAUUCUGUUGUCGAGUGCAUGUUCAAGUGGAUCCAUAAUGGGACAAUACCGUGCCCAAAGUGUGCCUCGCCCGAGAAGGAGGAGCCACGCACAUGGUUACAUAAUGUCAUCGACUUCGCGCUCGCGAAGAAAUUUCGCGACUCAAAGACAACCAUGUACAUCCUGUACAAGCAAGAUGACUUUCACGGCGUCGGCACGUCGCUCUUUGCUGCUAUCAACACGCAUUUGGGUGUCGAAUCCUCGCGGCGCGACGACCUCAAGCCGUUAGCCUACUUGCUUAUUUACUUCCUCCGCAGCACGGCCUACCUCAUUUGCGUUGCAACUGACGAAUGCCGUCGAUGCCGAAGUCCUUGA